AUAUUUGACUAAGACUACGUUAUUUCCAUGGGCUUUGUACACUUUAGGCCCAUUAUAGUUCGAGAAACCCUACUUCCGCCCGAUAAAACUCAUUUCUCUUCUCUCCCUCCUCGACGCAGUCUUGUCUCCGCAACUCUCUUAUAGCUCCUUGAAAUGGCGUCAGAGAAGAAGCUGUCGAACCCCAUGAGGGACAUUAAGGUCCAGAAGCUUGUUCUCAACAUCUCCGUUGGUGAAAGUGGUGAUCGUCUCACCCGUGCCUCAAAGGUUUUGGAACAGCUCAGUGGACAAACCCCUGUUUUCUCAAAGGCGAGGUACACUGUGAGGUCUUUUGGUAUCAGGCGUAACGAAAAGAUUGCGUGCUACGUCACUGUUAGAGGUGACAAGGCAAUGCAGCUUCUCGAGAGUGGCUUGAAAGUUAAGGAGUAUGAGCUUCUUAGGAGGAACUUUAGUGACACUGGUUGCUUUGGAUUCGGUAUCCAAGAGCACAUUGAUCUCGGAAUCAAGUAUGAUCCAUCUACUGGUAUCUACGGAAUGGAUUUCUAUGUUGUUCUUGAACGUCCAGGAUACCGUGUGGCACGUAGACGUAGAUGCAAGGCCCGUGUUGGCAUCCAACACAGAGUGACUAAGGAUGAUGCAAUGAAAUGGUUCCAAGUCAAGUAUGAAGGAGUUAUCCUCAACAAGUCACAGAACAUCACCGGUUAAAAAAAAAUCUUGUUGAUUUUAGCUUUGUUUCGUGUUCUUUUAUCUUUUAUGAUUUCUGGAUGUUAAAGAAUUUCUUGUUGUAGUAAAAACCUUUUUUUGACAUGUGGUAGAAUCUAAAAUCUUCCAAGAA